CAAUUCUAUUUUUUUUUUCAGAUCAUUUCAAACGUUUUCAUAAAAUAGAUGUAAGGCAUAUAUCAUAUUUAAAAUGUUCUUGAAACUCUUUGUGAUUUCAUCAUUUGUUGCUUACUUUACUUCUGCAGGCUCACUUUGUUCACAAAAGAGUAACACGUCAUGCUCAGAUUGUGUGUCUGACAUUAAUUGCUUUUGGUGUACAGAGACAAAAAUUUGUGGACAAAGAGAUGGCUUGAAACCAACAUCAAUGCAAUGUGAUGGAUCAUGGAACAGUUUUAAUGUUUGCAAAAUAAAUGGUACCGCUAUAAUAAUAAUUUUUUUUGCGUCUGCUGGAGUAUUUCUACUUAUUGUGAUUGGAGUUGUUUACUGCUGCUGUUGUCGAAACUGUUGUAGAUCAAGAAACUUAAAACAGUGGGCAAAAGAAGAUGCCCGUAAACAAAGAGAGAAAGAAGAGAGACAAGCAAGGCAUUCUGAAAGGGAAAGUGAAAUGAAGGCUAAACACGAUCAAAUUCGGCUGAAAUACGGUUUAAAAGACAAGCAAACAGCCAGCUAUGAGCGUUUUGCAUAAAGAUUAUUUAUUUUUCAUUCUUAUAUAAACAUUCAUUUUUAUAAUCAAGUUUUUUAGACAUUCUAUAUUCAGUUAAAAGUUUUAAAUAUUUUACCAUUUUUUCAUUUUUGCGUCUUGGUUUGUCUUAAAUUUUACAGUCAAUUUUUUUUAAAAGAAAGAAAUUCACCUGUUUUUUAAUAGCAUUAUAUUUAUCUGAUCUGCAUUAUAAAUAUUGUAAUAUUUUUGUAGUGUUGUAUAAAAUUUUUUUAAAUGCAUUAUAAGUUUUA